ACGCCUCACGACAAGCCAGAGUUCGACAACAAGUGUGCUUAUCUUCACCACCAGUGUUGAUAGACACGCUCAAGCUCUUCGGAUUUUCAACAACUUUUCUCUCCCGAAAGGUUUGCGAGAUCUGAGAGUUUCCGGAGCUCUUGUUCUCUCACUUGAACGUUGCGUCACACUAACCUGUCCACUCUUUGCACAAGUCGCUCGCUAUACUUUGAUCGCUCGUUUCGGUUUCCAACAUGUUCGGCAAGCGCUCUUUUACUAGCUCAAAGGAGAAGGACCGUUCAGGCAAGAUAACCAAGCAGCCGAAGCGAUCACAUCGCGAUGCGUCAAAGCAGAAGGUGAUGGCCGAGAAGCUGGAUGCGCGCAAGGACAGUCCAAUAAUGGGCGGCGAGUCACCAGUACUCACCUCCGCCAUUGUGACAGUCGUCGUUGGUUCCGACCAGCGAUUGUUCGCUGCGCACGAAGACGUGCUUUGUCACUCCCCGUACUUUGCUGAGCUGUUGCGGGGACAGUUCUUCGAAUCCGGCAAUCGCCGCAUCGAUCUGCCAACUGAGGAGCCUGAAAUCUUCAGUUGCAUCCUCGAGUAUCUUUACAAGGGCGACUACUACCCGCGUCUUGUUCAAGACAAGCGCCGCCAGACCUGGAUGCUCGAAGGUGCAAUCUCCUCACCCGACCCAAACAGAACCGGCGACCGUGCAGCCGCCGUCGAGCCAACCUUUUUUCAUUCCGGCGUGGGAGACGUUGUUCUCCGGGACACGGCCGUGUACUGUGCAGCUGAUCGUUACGGCCUCGAAGAGCUCAAGAAGCUCUCUCUGCGCAAGCAGGGCCUGCAGAGCGGGAUCGAAGUCGGUACUAUCCUGCGUAGCGCACGCUAUGCGUAUGAGAACACGCCGGACAGCGACUCGCGGCUGCGCGCUCAUUACCUCGCUCUGAUUAUCCGCAGCCGGAAAACCUUCAAGCGUAGUGGCACCAUGCAGAUGGAAAUGGAGAUGGGGGGAAAACUGUUCUUUGACCUGUUUGUGGCAAUGUGCAACCAUGUCGAUGAUCUUGCGGAUGCGAGUCCUCGCAGCGCCAGCGCUCGCGGCACUCCCAGGACCAUCUAA